GUUGCACCAACCAGGAUGAGUCGUCUCGGGAGGAUUCUGACCAUCUUCUGCCUGUUCAUCCUGAAGGUGAAGGCCGAGAGGGAAGAAGUCCUUGAAGAGUUGGGCCUUGCCAAAAAUGCUUUCGAUGACCAAUACUUGGGCUGCCGCCAAGCCACGGAGGACCGGAUUAAAACACAAGACAUUUUCAAGGCUGAAAUGGCCAACAAGAAUUUCCGGAGAGCCUGGAAGGAAGCGGAGAAGAUAUGGGAUCAGAAAAGGAAGGAUUCGGUUGACCUUGAUGAUCUCCCGGAAGGUUUCGGUGACCUCCAUGCGGUCGCCGUGGUGGCCUACACGGGUUUUAUUCGACAAAGGUUUAACGAGGCGGUGAAGUCCGCGGGGAAAUCGUACCGCGCUUACACGGAGGAGUUCCACUUUAAAUUCCUGCACUAUUAUCUGACGGUGGCUCUGCAGCUCUUAUACAAAGACUGCGAUGGGGAACGUCGUACUUCGUAUCAAGGCUAUGAAGAUCUCCUCUACUGGCUGCCCGGCGGAACCACCAGGGUCAAGUUUGGUCACUUUCUCCAUACGUCUUCCAGUCAGUCUGUGGCCUCCCAGGCGGGGAACGCCUCGUUCUUCACUGUGCUGGGCUGCUCUGGGGUCCCCGUAGACGGGUUCUCCGAGUAUCCGCAGGAAGAGGAGGUGGUGCUCCCAGGUUAUGAAGUUUUUUCCGUCGAGCAAACUCCGGGAGAAGCCAAUGAGUUCUAUCUGAACAGCACAGGAAGGCGGUGCAGUAACUUCAACUGCGCACUUGUUCAAGGUAGGUGUCUGUGCCUCCGCUACGUACAACCCCAUGUCUAGUAC